AUGGCGGGCGUGGGUGCCCGAUAUGCGCUGGCAUGCGACGACUGCCCCUGCAUCCAUGGCAUUGACGAGCCUCGGAGGAAAAGAAAAGGGCAUGGAUGGAUGGAGAGAGGCACAUUCGCUUGGAUGACGGCCGGGGAUGAGGGCGCGUCUGGCAGGGUCGCCUACAUCGAGCCCCAAUCACGCCCAACGUUAUCCUCGCAUUUGCCGCUGACGCUGGCGGCGGAUCUGGACCCAGCGGGGGGACUCGGCGCAUCACGCACCAGAAAAGUCCCACCCAGGACCAAUGCACCGCGGAGGUUCAUGCGGAACAGGACAGUCGAGGCUGGCCUCGAGCAGGUAAUGAUUACAGGUCUCCAGGAUAUUGAACGUUACGAGGGCCAGUAG